UCGGACAUCGGACGCGGUGUGAAUCCUGCAUAAGCGUUUGCGUCUUCUAUGUGCAAAAGUUUUUGAUACAAUUUGUAUACCGGUAAUCGUUGAUUAUUGCAAUUUUGACAUUCGAUUAUUUUGUAUUUCUUUUUAACGGAAAAAUAUAAUUUACACUGAAUAGUCACAAUGUUUCGCAGGGUUAUCUUGGGAACACGCAGUCAUAUUAGUCGAUUAAACAAUGUACGAUUUUUAAAUCAAGACAUGAAUGAGACCUCAAGAAUAGAAAAAUGUGUAAAUAGUGUAACCUUACUGGGAAGAGUAGGAGCAAGUCCACAAAAACGUGGAACCACUGAGCACCCAGUUGUAAUAUUUUCUCUUGCAACACAUACAAAUUAUAAGGAUGAAACAGGGGAUUUCAUGCAAAAAACAGAUUGGCACAAGAUAUGUGUCUUUAGGCCCAAUCUGAGGGAUAGUGUAUAUCAAUUCUUGAGAAAAGGUCAACGAGUAAUGGUAAACGGUAGAUUAAGUUACAGUGAAUUUAAAGAUGAUGAAGGAAACUCUCGUCCUAGUACAGCUGUCAUAGCAGAUGAUGUAAUAUUUUUUCAGUAAGGCACAUCUAUAUAUGUAAGUGAUACAUAUUUUCAAUAAAAUUAUAAAAAAUCUUUUUA